UCUCCGUCUCUCACCCUCUCCCAUCUGUCUCUCUACUCCGCUAUUCUCUCUUUCCCUGCAGGAGUGGUCCGGGCCUCCAACAUCUUUCCCAUUCUUAGUGCCAUCCUGCUGCUAAUGGGAGGAGUCUGUAUCGCAGCCAGCCGUUUCUACAAGAGCAAAAGGAACAUCGUGCUGGGGGCUGGCAUUCUGUUUGUAGCGGCAGGCCUGAGUAACAUCAUUGGUGUGAUAGUGUACAUUUCUGCCGCUCUGGGUGACAUUUCCCCAAAGAAGGAUGAGGAUAAGAAAUGGCAGUACUCCUACGGCUGGUCCUUCUACUUCGGCGGGCUGUCCUUCAUCCUGGCUGAGAUGGUGGGCGUGUUGGCGGUAAACAUCUACAUCGAGAAGAACAAGGAGCUCCGCUGUCGCUCUCGCACCGAUAUCUUUAAGAGCACCACUCACGCCAUGCUACGGCUCCCGAGCUACCGCUUCCGCCGCAGAUCACGUUCCAGCUCUCGAUCCACAGACCCCUCGCGCUCACGAGACCCCUCUCCCGUGGGCGGCCCACCGGGGGGGAAGAACUUCGGAAUGCCCCCAUCUGCUUUACUCUCUCAGGGGCCCAUCUCUGUGUCCACUCUACCCAACCCUCACUCCCGCUCCGCUCUGCCAGGGGGCGAUAUUUCCCUUUACACCCUCUCCCGAGACCCCAAACUGGGUGGUUUGGGAGGGCUGGGCGCCCCUCCGCUGUACGGCACGGUGGACCGCGCCACGCUAUACCAGCUGCACAACUGCUUCCCGAAAGAGAGCGGAGGGGGCGGAGGAGGUAUGAUGAUGAGUGGGACGCUGCCCUCGCUCAAACCCCACAAUCCCUCAGUCGUCCAGAAUUCUUCCAACUCCAACGCGCCGCUCAGCAACUCCGUCCCGUCCUCCCAGCCUCCACCUUUCUCCUCCUCUACGGUGGAGCGGGAACGAGGGAUGGGAACGCUGGAUAGGCUAGGAAAAGUUGACAGAGAGAGCAACUCCAACACGCUAAAUAGGAAAACUACACCAGUGUAGACAGAUAGAGGGU